AUGCCUCAAGCAGUCAUUCCAUUAGAAUCAAAUCCAGAAAUUUUCACAACUUUUGCCCAUAAAUUGGGUCUUACUGAAUCAUUUGUAUUCCAUGAUGUCUAUUCAUUAACAGAACCUGAAUUAUUAUCAUUUAUUUCAAGACCAAGUCCUGCUGUUAUAUUAUUAUUCCCAGUAUCACCAGAUUAUAAUGAAGCUAAGAAGAAAGAAGAAUCAUCAAGAGAAUUGAGUUUACAAGAUGAAGAAGUUGUUUGGUAUAAACAAACCAUUAGAAAUGCUUGUGGAUUAUAUGCUUUAUUAAAUUCAAUUUCAAAUUUACAAGAAGAUAGUUAUGAACCAAAUUCAAAAAUUACAGAAUUUAAAAAAAUUCAUAAAGAUAUUAGUAAAAUUGAAGAAUUAAUUGCAAAUUUAGAAAAUGAUUAUAAAGAUGCUGCAACAUCAGGUUCUACAGAAGCACCAAAUGCUGAAGAUGAAGUUGAUUUACAUUUCAUUGCAUUUAUUAAGAAAAAUGGUCAUGUUUAUGAAUUAGAUGGAGGUCGUAAAGGUCCUCUAGAUUUGGGUGAAUCCAAUGAUCCAAGUUCUGAUGAUGUUCUUGGUGAGCCAAAAGUUGUUGAAAGAUUCCAACGUUAUAAUGAUUUAUCUGACGAAAAAAACAAAUUGAACUUUUCAUUAAUUGCUUUAGCACCAUCUUUUGAUUGA